AUGGCGCUUAAUCCAGUUUUGGCGGAGGACGCUUCCGGCUCCCUGUUCCCGCUACCCCAGUCGGGCGAGGUCUUUUUCUUGAAACGCGCAUCCAUCGGUUUCAAACUCAAGGGCCCUGGGGUAUCCCUAAAGGGAAACGGCAGCUUUUUUCUCAGCAGCCAGCGCAUCGUUUUUUUAAAGCAAGGCAAGGUUCAGACGCAUGGAUCCUUUUCCUCAUGCGAGCUGCCGCUACACCUCGUGCAACGGGCGCAGUUCAAACAGCCCAUUUUUGGAGCGAACUAUAUCGAAGGCACAGUACACCCCAAGCAAGAGGCCGAAAGCCCCCUUCAAGGCACGAGCACCUGGUCGCUCACCUUUAACGCCGGAGGAUGCGGAACCUUCAUUAACAUCUUUUUCAGAAUCUGGAGGCAAGCUCGGAACCACCAACAACCCGACGACGCCCUAGUGCAACAACUGCAAUUUGGAGCUGCGGCUGCCUUCGUGGACCCUAGCGACCCAUCAAUUGUGUAUGUUUCGCAGCCUCAACCCGUAGGUCAGCAGCCACCCCACUCCCAGUUGCAACAGCAACCACAACCACCCGGUAUGCCGCAACAAACACACCAGUUCACACAACAACAACCUUGGUAUCCACAACAACAACCUUGGUAUCCACAACAACAGCCGUGGCAGCAGCAGCAACAGCCGUGGCAGCAGCAGCAACAGCCGUGGCAGCAGCAGCAACAGCCGUGGCAGCAGCAGCAACAACAACAGCCUGGGCAGUCCCCUCCUCAACAGCAACCACAAGCUCCGGAAUUUUCAGGUAGACCCCGCCCCCCUGAGUCUGUGCUGUAG